AUGCGUCUUCUCAAGUACAAAGAAGAUGGAGAGCUCACGAUCAUCAGCUUCGACGAUAACGCGAUACCUCCUUAUGCGAUACUUUCACACACUUGGGGCAAAGAUGCAGAGGAGGUAACUUUCGCGGACCUUAUAAAAGGCGGCGGCAAGGACAAGCCUGGCUACAAGAAGAUUCGCUUUUGUGGAAAACAAGCACAGCAAGAUAAAUUGCAGUACUUCUGGAUCGACACAUGCUGCAUCAAUAAGACGGACAAGGCUGAGCUCUCUUUGGCUAUCCGGUCUAUGUUUCGCUGGUACCAAAACGCGACCAAAUGCUAUGUAUAUCUAUCAGACGUAUCGACAAGGAAGCGGAAAGCCAGUAGCAUGCUAGCCGAGUUCACUUGGGAGCCUGCCUUUAAGUCAAGUCGCUGGUUCACACGUGGUUGGACGCUCCAAGAGCUUCUUGCCCCAAGUACAGUCGAGUUCUUCUCUCAAGAAUGGGAGAGGCUUGGUGACAAAAUAUCGCUAAAGUCAUUGGUCUACAAAGCCACUAGCAUCCCAUACGAAGUGCUCAACGGAGCUCCUCUUUCUCAGUUCAGCGUCGACGAGCGGCUGCGGUGGAAAGGUGACAGGGAGACCAAACGCGAUGAAGAUGCGUGGUAUUCAUUGGCAGGCAUCUUUGACGUUGAGAUAGCGCCUGCCUACAGCGAAGGGGCGGCGAGCGCAUUUAGGCGUCUGAUGGACGAGGUCCGUGAGGGACAAAGAUGCACUCAAGACUUACGCCACACGGAUCCGUGUGACGACAAGAAGCGUAUUGAGGAUACGAAGGGCGGACUGCUAGCAGACUCCUACCACUGGAUCCUUGAAAACAACACCUUCCAACAAUGGCGGAAGGACCUGCACAGCCGACUGCUAUGGGUGAAAGGUGAUCCUGGCAAAGGCAAGACGAUGCUGCUCUGCGGCAUCAUCGACGAGCUGCAAAAUUCGAUGCCUAGAACUGCCCUUCUCUCGUACUUCUUCUGCCAAGCGACUGACUCGCGCAUCAACAGCGCUACGGCCGUGCUACGAGGGCUGUUGUACAUGCUCGUGAAUCAGCAACCGUCACUUGUAUCGCACGUCCGCAAAAAACACGAUCACGCUGGCAAAACCUUGUUCGAAGACGCGAAUGCCUGGGUAGCCUUGACAGAAAUCUUCGUGGAUGUGCUACGAGACCCAAGCCUGCGCCCGACAUAUCUGAUCAUCGACGCGCUGGAUGAGUGCGUUACUGAGUUACCAAAGCUGCUGGAAUUUGUCGCAAAGCAGUCGUCGACGGCUGACCGCAUCAAGUGGAUUGUUUCUAGCCGUAACUGGCCAGAUAUUGAAGCACAGCUAGAGCGGGCAGGGCACAAAGUGAGACUGAGCCUUGAGCUGAACGCAAAGUCGGUUGCGGCGGCGGUUGACGUCUUUAUCCAGCAAAAGGUGGAUCGGUUAGCGCAGGAAAAGCAGUACAAAGCAGAGAUUCGACACGCCGUGCUCCAGCACUUAACGUUAAACGCGAACGAUACCUUUCUUUGGGUAGCGUUAGUGUGUCAAGAUCUGAAAGCGACACCAAAGUGGAACGUGCUAAAGAAGCUAGCCUUAUUCCCACCUGGGCUAGACUCCUUGUACAAGCGGAUGAUGCACCAGAUAAGCGAGUCUGACAGCGCCGAGAUCUGUCGGCAGGUGCUGGCUUCGGCUGCGAUCUUGUAUCGACCUGUUACGAUUCACGAAUUGAUUGCGCUUGUGCAGUCGCUUGAGGACUUUGUCGACGACCUAGAGUCAGUGCGGCAGAUUGUCAGCCUUUGUGGAUCGUUCCUUACUCUUCGAGAAGACACAGUCUACUUUGUGCAUCAGUCCGCAAAAGACUUUCUCUUUGCAAAGGCGUUUAAUGAGGUCUUUCCAGAUGGAACUGAGGACGUCCAUUGGGUGAUGUUUUCGAAGUCGCUGGCGAUUCUGUCUAGGACAUUGCACAGGGAUAUGUACAGCCUGAAAGCUCUAGGAUCUCCUGUCGAGAAUGUUCAACCGCCUGAUACAGACCCAUUAGCAGAGUCACGCUACCCGUGCGUCUACUGGAUUGAUCAUCUGCACGACUCGAAACCUAAGUCUUCGUCAAACAGUGUUGGCGACCUGCAGGUUAUAGGCGUAGUCGAUGAAUUUCUAAGAAAGAAGUAUCUCUACUGGCUAGAAGGGCUCAGUCUGUUCAAGAGCUUAGGGAGAGGUGUAGUCUCAAUGGCAAAAUUGUGGUCACUAGUGCAGGACCAAGAUCAACUCACUCGGCUUGUUUAUGAUGCACGGCGAUUCGUUAUGUAUCAUAAACGGGCUAUCGAGAGUUAUCCUCUUCAAACAUAUGCAUCUGCGCUGUUGUUCAGUCCGACAGGUAGUCUGAUUAAGCGGCUGUUUCAGCACGAAGAGCCGAAAGGAAUCACGAUUAGACCAGCUAUGAGUGACGGCUGGAGCGCGUGCCUGCAGACGCUCGAGGGCCAUAGCAGUUUUGUCAACUCAGUGGCCUUCUCGCACGACUCGGCCCGGCUGGCGUCGGCGUCGGACGACUGCACCGUCAAGAUCUGGGAUGUGAGCAGCGGCGCGUGCCUGCAGACGCUCGAGGGCCAUAGCAACAUCGUCAGCUCAGUGGCCUUCUCGCACGACUCGGCCCAGCUGGCGUCGGCGUCGGGCGACUGCACCGUCAAGAUCUGGGAUGCGAGCGGCGGCGCGUGCCUGCAGACGCUCGAGGGCCAUAGCAGUUUCGUCAACUCAGUGGCCUUCUCGCACGACUCGGCCCAGCUGGCGUCGGCGUCGGGCGACUGGACCGUCAAGAUCUGGGAUGCGAGCAGCGGCGCGUGCCUGCAGACGCUCGAGGGCCAUAGCAACAUCGUCAACUCAGCUCUUUCCACAUUAUCUUUUGACUCUACUGGCUCUUGUCUCUAUACUAAUAUAGGUACUAUCGUUAUCCAGAGCUCAGAACUCUCCAGUACAAGAGAUAUGGCAGAACCUGAGCGCCCCCUGUAUCCUGGCAGAAACCUCAGCUCAGACUACACAUGGAUUCAGCAUGCUGGCAACAACAUGCUGUGGGUCCCAUCAGAGUAUCGACCGUUUUGCUUGUCUGUGUGCGGGACUAGAGUAGGUAUAGGUGUUGGGUCUGGAAGAGUAUGGACUUGCAGUAUUGACCUUUAA